CUCCCUCCUCCUGAACUCCUCUCGCUGCGCUCUCUUCGCCACUAUGAGACUCCUAACCAGUCGCGCUACCCGCGUUCCCAGCCCUUCCGGCUUGCUGUGCGCAGUGCUGGCGAUGCUGCUCCUGACGCCGUCGGGGCCCCUUGCCAGCGCUAGUCCUAUCGAGGCGGCCGAGGCGGCUGUAGUGAGAGAGCUACGUUGCAUGUGUUUAACCACCACACCCGGGAUUCAUCCCAAGAUGAUCAGUGAUCUGCAGGUGAUCCCCGCAGGACCGCAGUGCUCCAAGGCAGAAGUGAUAGCCACCCUGAAGAAUGGAAAGGAAGUCUGUCUGGACCCAAAAGCUCCUCUGAUCAAGAAAAUCGUCCAGAAAAUGUUGGACAGUGGGAAAAAGAAAAAUUAAGAGAAAGGAUCAUGCAUUGGAAAAAAAUCGCCCAGUUCUUCAGCAGAAGAGUUUUCUGGAGAUCUCUGGACCCAGUGAAGACAGAAAGCAAGGGCUGAUUUUCUCUGAGUUAGGUUUCUAGGUGAAUUCCCCACUAGGAGAGAGGGGUGGGAGGAGGGAAACUAUGAUCCUGCAGCUUUCUGCUCAAUUUACAAAGUGGUUAGCAUACCCUUUCCUGCUCCUUAUUUGCUGUUAUUUCAUCUGCUAUGCUACUGAAAUAUUUAGCAGUUGACUAAACUGUAAGUCAAGAAUCACUGGGUUGUUAAUCUUUCAAGGUGACUAUUGUAGUUCUAGAAUAUACUUUGUAUAGUACUAUGGAAAAAGCCAUAGAUUUGAUGUGUGAAUGAUAUUUCAUUAGAAUGCUGUAUACCCUCACUCUGUCAUGAAAUAGGAACCGCUUUAGUAUUGUUUGGCAGGGGGAGUGGGGGAGAAGAGAACUGUCCUUAGCCUUGACCCUGGGAAGCUCUUUAAAUUAUAUUGCAUUAAAAAACUGGGUGUAUUAUACAGCUAUCUGUGUAGAAUAUAUUUCCUUAUUUAGAAUUUCUAAAUGUAUGAGUUCUGUAAGGACCAACAUAUUAUUUUCUGAUAAAUUUAGACAUUUGAUGUCUUCUUUGUAUGGCAUAAUGUCAUGACUUAUUCAUUAAACUUUGAUUUUAUAUGGUAUUUAUUAACUAUUUUAUUAGGAGUAUUAUCUUUCUAGCCACUAAGUAUAUGUUUGGGAUUGAUGAAAAAGCUAGGAACUAGGUAAAUUCCUUAUUACUAGUCUUUUAAGAGUAAAGGCAAACUUAACAAUGAUCUAUAUUCUGAAAAUUUUGUAAACAUAUUUGAGCUCUUUGAAUAUAAACUCAUCAUUUAGUUUUUUUUUAAAUAUGCACAGUUCUGCUAAGGUUUAUAGAUGCUUAUACUGUAUCUUUUUAAAGUUUUGACUAUUUCAUUACAAAUAAUUACAUAUGCAUCACAUUUACUAUGUUAAAAUUGUACUUUAUUGAUGUAUGUCUCAUUGGUUGAUAGUACUUCUGUGCUUUGGAAAAAAUAAAAGACUUAUAAAAUGUA